GAGAGUCCCGGAUGUUGGCUGCGCCGCGGACAGAGAGAGAGGCGAACUCGGGAGAAGGCGGAGAGAAGCAGUGAAGGGACGCCACGGCACCGCAGGCACACACCGGCGAACCUUAUCCGGGACAACAAGCGCCGAGCGCUCGGGGAACAACUCCUCGGCGGCCGCGGGCAGGCUAAAAGACGGCGGGAGCAGUUAGUGUAAAACUACCGCGAGGAUUUACGGAGACCACCGUCAACAACAACAACGGCAGCGGCGGCGGCGGCGGCUCUUCUUCCCCAGAUCUUGUCCUGGAGAAGACAGCAUGCUGAUGUCCUGAUCCGAGGGAGUCCGUCCAGACUUCAGCUGAUCACCAUUUGAUCCCCACCAGUCCGUCAAGCUCCAACAGACGCCAUCCGUUUUACCCCCCGGGCAGCCCCCACGCCCCUGCCGCCCACGGCCUGCCGUCACCAUGACGUCGGAGCUGGAGAGUAGCCUGACCUCCAUGGAUUGGCUCCCUCAGCUUACCAUGCAGGCGGCCAUCCGCAAGGCCGACGGCCAAAAUGCCCACGGGCCUGGCAUGGGCAAGAAGAGCGCCCUCCUGGACCCCAACACCACGCUGGACCAGGAGGAGGUGCAGCAGCACAAGGACGGCAAGCCGCCCUACAGCUACGCCAGCCUCAUCACGUUCGCCAUCAACAGCUCGCCAAAGAAGAAGAUGACGCUGAGCGAGAUCUACCAGUGGAUCUGCGAUAACUUUCCCUACUACAGAGAGGCAGGAAGUGGAUGGAAGAACUCAAUACGGCACAAUCUGUCAUUGAACAAGUGUUUUCUCAAAGUGCCUCGCUCCAAAGAUGACCCAGGAAAGGGCUCUUACUGGGCCAUCGAUACUAACCCGAAGGAGGACGCCCUGCCCACUCGGCCAAAGAAGAGGCCACGGUCUGGAGAGCGGGCUUCUACGCCGUACAGCCUGGAGUCGGAGUCUUUGGGAAUGGAGUGUAUGAUCUCUGGAAGUGCCUCUCCAACGCUGGCAAUCAACACUGUGACUAACAAGGUGGCGCUCUACAACACAGACCAGGAAGGGAGCGACAGUCCGAGAAGCAGCCUUAACAACAGCCUGUCAGAUCAGAGUCUGGCCUCCGUCAAUCUCAACAGUGUGGGCAGCGUGCACAGCUACACUCCGGUGACCAGUCACCCCGAACCCGUGUCCCAGUCUAUGAGCCUCCAGCAGCCGCCAUCCCAGUACAACAUGCCAGACAGGGACAAACAGCUCAUGUUCUCUGAAUUUGAAGAUCUCAGUGCCUCCUUCCGCAGCCUUUACAAGUCUGUCUUUGAGCAGUCCUUCAGCCAACAAGGUCUGAUGGGAAUCCCGUCCGAUUCCUCGCAGCAGCAGCAGCAGCAGACCCACACGUCCUGCUCCUAUCAGCACUCCCCGAGCGGCGCCAUCAGCGGCCAGAACAACCUGUCCAACCACCAGUCCAACAACCACCCCAACAACCACUCCAACAACAGCGGCCAGGUGCCCCUGUCCCACCCGGCCCAAGCCCACCCCGGACACGGCUCCCCGCACGCGCAGCACCUCCCGCACAACCAGCACCCGCAGCACAACCAGCACCCGCAGCACGCGGCGCAGCACCCUCAGCACGGCCAGCACCCGCCGCAACACCCGUCCCACGGCCAGCACCCGCAGCAGCACACGCCGCACCCGUCUCAGCACGCUCAGCACGGCCAGCACCAGAGCCUCUCCCACCAGCCACAUCCCACCCAGCAGCAGAUGGCCUGCAAUCCUGGUUUACUUUCUGACUGGUACCCCAACCUGGAUGCACUGAAAGAAAGCUGUCGCAUUGCGAGCAGCUACAACUGGGCUGACGUCGACCUUUCACCUUUCCAAGGACUGAGGGAGAGCAUGAGGCAGGCGGAGUUGAACAACUGGUCCUUGGAGCCCACCCAGAUCGCAGACCUCUGCUCGUCCAUCAACCAGUUCUUUGCCCGCACCGGCGUCAUCCAGCCACAGGGGGCGGUGCCGCCCACCGUCUGCCACGGCCCCAUGCACCCAAAUAAACCCAGCCAGCACCUCGGCACAGGAAAUCUCUACAUGGACUCCAGACAGAGCAUGUCCAUGAUGGGCCCUCCAGGGUACCCUCACAUGCCCCCCAUGAGCAGCGCAGGGCCCAACAUGACCGGACACCACCCUCAGAUGAACCAGCAGCACAUGAUGCCCAGCAGGAACUUCCAGAUGCAUCGCAUGCCCGCUGACGACAUCCAGGAUGAUUUUGACUGGGACUCCAUUGUUUAGCCUCUUUCUUUUUUUGCCGGCACUCACGUGGAAGGGAGGAGCCAGAGGAAGAGGAGGAGUGAGCCCCAGGCUGUAGAGGCUGCGGGAGGGGAAGGAGGAUGAGGAUGAAGAUGCCCCCCUGCCUAAAAGGUGGGGCGUGGGCGGACAUUACGUGAGGUGAGGACGUGGCAGAACUGUGAGACAAUCAAGUGUGGUGGGACACAAUCCUGAGGACCACACCUAACCAGCCCCCACCCCCGCAUCCUCGCCCCCUUCAAAAAAAAAAAAAAAGAGAAAAAGAGACACCCCCCCACCCCCCCCACGCUCUUUGCAGCUUCGCUUUCACGCUCUCCAUAUCUCUUCUUCUUCUUCUUUUUAUUCUGUGAGUCAUGUGACCGCGCUGCAGGAAAGAGCGACGCCCCCGUGUGGCCAAACAGGGUUUUUAAAUAUGUCCGUCAAAGCCAAUCACCAAUCGGAUUGGAUUCAUUUCCCACCAAAUAGUUCCACUUCCUGCAUUGGAGGCUAAAUUGGCACAAAAUGGAGUCUUUCCAAACACGGCGUGGAAAAAGGAGUUUAGAACAUUCAGAGGGAGUUUUCCAAAAAAAAAAAAAAAAACGCACGUGGAAGACGUAUCCACGCGGGCCAGCAGGUGGCGCCUGAUACUUCCCUCUUCCCGCCAAGCCGGUCGGAGCUUUUCUUCCGUCGCACACGUGUUGGAAAGAAAAAAAUGUCUUAAAGGGAGUAGCGAGGGGGAGGAGUUAUGCUCGUGUUCAUACUGCAAUGCAUUCAUAUUGUGCACACACACACACACACACACUCCAUUUUGCCUCCAUUGUUCCGACGAUCGAUUCCCCCCAAUACUCCAAAACAAUCAAUCUGAGUGAUUAUUAUUAUUAGCUGAGGUGGAACUUAGCAUCUGUUUCAGGACGCUGGUCCACCUCCUAUUACCGUAUUUUCCGGACUAUAGAGCACAUCGAGGUAUAAGCCGCACCCACUAACUUUCAGAAGGAAAAAAAACAUGUUUCCACGGACACAUACGUCGUGAAAUGAGUCAUUUACACAGAAAAUUUUUAUUGACAUACCUUCAAUCAAUCAAUCAAUCAAUCAAUAUUUGUAUAGCCCUAAAUCACGAGUGUCUCAAAGGGCUGCACAAGCCACAACCACAUCCUCGGCUCAGAUCCCACAUCAGGGCAAGGAAAAACUCAACCCAAUGGGAUACAAGGAGAAACCUUGGAGAGGACCGCAGAUGUAGGGACCGCAUGUGCAAUGGACGUCGAGUGUCUAACAUAAUAGUGAGAGUCCAGUCCAUAGUGGGUCUAACAUAAUAUUGUGAGAGUCCAGUCUAUAGUGGAUCCAACAUAAUAGUGAGAGUCCAGUCCAUAGUGGAUCUCACAUAAAAGUGAGAGUCCAGGCCAUAGUGGAUCUAACAUAAUAGCGAGAGUCCAGUCCAUAGUGGAUCUAACAUGAUAGUGAGAGUCCAGUCCAUAGUGGAUCCAACAUAAUAGUGAGAGUCCAGUCCAUAGUGGAUCUCACAUAAUAGUGAGAGUCCAGUCCAUAGUGGGUCUAACAUAAUAUUGUGAGAGUCCAGUCUACAGUGGAUCUAACAUAAUAGUGAGAGUCCAGUCCAUAGUGGAUCUCACAUAAUAGUGAGAGUCCAGUCCAUAGUGAAUCUCACAUAAUAGUGAGAGUCCAGUCCAUAGUGGGUCUAACAUAAUAUUGUGAGAGUCCAGUCUAUAGUGGAUCUAACAUAAUAGUGAGAGUCCAGUCCAUAGUGGAUCUAACAUAAUAGUGAGAGUCCAAUCCAUAGUGGGUCGAACAUAAUAUUGUGAGAGUCCAGUCCAUAGUGGGUCUAACGUAAUAGUGAGAGUCCAGUCCAUAGUGGGUCUAACAUAAUAAUGAGAGUCCAGUCUAUAGUGGGUCUAACGUAAUAUUGUGAGAGUCCUGUCUAUAGUGGAUCUACCAUAAUGGUGAGAGUCCAGUCCAUAGUGGGUCGAACAUAAGAGUGAGAGUCCAGUCCAUAGUGGGUCUAACAUAAUAUUGUGAGAGUCCAGUCUGUAGUGAAUCUAACAUAAUAGUGAGAGUCCAGUCCAUAGUGGAUCUAACAUAAGAGUGAGAGUCCAGUCCAUAGUGGGUCUAACAUAAUAUUGUGAGAGUCCAGUCUGUAGUGGAUCUAACAUAAUAGUGAGAGUCCAGUCCAUAGUGGGGCCAGCAGGAGACCAUCCCGAGCGGGGACAGGUCAGCAGUGCAGAGAUGUCCCCCCCUGAGCGGUCAACCCCGGGUCCCAACUCUGGACAGCCAGCACUUCAUCUGUGGCCACCGAACCUGUGCCCCCCCAGAGCAGAAAAGAAAAAUGGCAGAUCAACUGGUCUAAAAUGGGGGGUCUAUUUUAAGGCUAGAGUAUACAAAUGCGUUUGAGUUAUUCACCUUAAUUGUUUCCAAACGGUGUCCGUAACACGGCAGUAAAACGGCGGAUCAAACAAAACAGAAGCUCUCCAAUCAGCUAAACAGACUCAAUAACUUCACGGUACCGUUUUAGUGGAACCAAAACGAUACAAAAAGAACGCCAUUGUAAGUUAAUAAUGCUGACACAGACUCUCGUAGCUGUAUUAGCAUAUUAGCUCAGGCUAAUAUGCUAAUAAGCAUGAAAACACUCCUACAGACAUCACAUAUGGAACGGUUUAGUAAGUGGAAACAGUUUUGGUUAUAUUGUCAAACUUAAAAAUGUUGUUUGGAGUGACGAAUGAAGAAUCCAUACGAGUAGGAACGCUAUGGACGACUAGAAGACAAAACGGCACUUAUAAGUCUGGUUGAAAGCACUAAAUGAUGGCACCAUAGCACAAACACUUUUAGUGUAUUUACUUUUGUUUUUCUUUCAACAAUUUUUACUUUAUUACGGCCGUCAAUGAAGAGAAAUCUGUAAAUUAGCCGCACCGUUUUAUAAGCCGCAGGGUUCAAAGUGUAGGAAAAAGUAGCCGCUUAUAGUCCGGAAUAUACGGUCAUUAAUAACCCACCUUCCCCCCCUUUUUGGGGGGGAAAUGAUUGAUAUGAAAUGAAAAUGUGGAGAUUUUAAUUUGACUUUUGAAGUCUUCUAGGUUGUUUUAAGUUGUGAAGGAGGAUUCUUCCCUGGCGUCUGCCGGCAGUGCAGAAGUUCUCCCUCACCCUUGAAGAUGCAGGACUCGGGUCCACGUUGAUGACAAUCUGUUCCAAGUCCUGCAGACCCUCUUUGCUGUCUUGAAAGAAGUCCUCUCAAAGUCCAAACGCUGCGUUUGCUUCAAUCAAAGAUAAGUUGAGAUUUUAAAUGUCCUUGUUUCUGUGCUUCUUUCCAAGCUGGAGUUUCACACGUGUCUGCAGCAAGUGUGGCCUUAAAAAAGCAAAAAGAAACGCAAAGUAAGUGAAGGGAGGGAUAAAAAAAACUUAAUAAGAUUCAUAUUUUUUAAUUGUUCUGAACUCCUGUUUCCAGGAUUGUUUUUAUUCAAAUUAAUUUAUUCAUGGUAUUAUUUGAUAUAUAUUUAAUUGUACUAAACUCUCGUUUCUAGACACAAUUUUCUUCUUUUUUAAAUUCUAAUAAACUAAAUCCUUAAUAGGUUGGAUAUUUCAAUUGUUCUGAACUCCUGUUUCUAGACUUUUUUUAAUGAUCAAAAUCAAUCAAUUUAAUUCUUAAUGCAAUUUGAUCUUUUUUUUAAGUCUUCUAAACCGUAUACAGACAUUUUUCUAUUUUUAAAAUUCAAAUUAAUUAAUUAAAACCUUAAUUGGACUCAUAUUUUUAAUUGUUCUGAACUCUUGUUGCAAGACCUUUUUUUUUUUUUUUUUUAAUAAAUUAAAAUUUAAUAAUUUUGUUCUUAGUAGGAUUUGAUAUUUUUUUAUUGUUUUGAAGUCUUCUUUCCAGCCCUUUUUUUUUUAUAAGUUCAAAUAAUUAAUUCUUAAUAGGAUUCACAUUUUUUUUAAUUGUUCUGAACUGCUUUUUCCAGUCACUUUUUUUUUCUCAAUUAAAAUUAGUUAAUUUAAUCCUUAACAGGAUAUUAUAUUUUUUUAUUUGUUCUGAACUCCUGUUUCCAGCCCUUGGUUGUAUGUCCAUCUUAAUUAAUUCUAAAUAGGAUUCACAUGUUUUAAUUGUUCUUAACUCCUGCCUCCAGCCCUUUAAAAAAAAUGAAAAUAAUUUAUUUAAUCCUUAAUAGGAUUCAGAUUUUUAAUUGUUCUGGACUCCUGUUUCCAGUCCUUUUUUUUUUUCAUAAAUUCUAAUUAAUUAAUUUAAUCCUUAAUAGGAUUAAUAUUUUUAAUUGUUCUGAACUCAUUUUUCUAGCCCAUUUUUUUAUGAAUUCAAAUUAAUUAAUUUAGUAUUUAACGGGAUUAAUAUUUUGAAUUUUUCUGAACCUCUUUUUUCUGUACUUUCUUUAAUAAAGUAAAGUUAAUUAAUUUAAUUCUUAACAGGAUUUUAUAUUUUUUAAUUGUUCUGAACUCCUGUUUCCAGCCCUUUUUUGUAUGUCCAACUUAAUUAAUUUUUAUUUGGAGUCACAUCUUUUAAUUGUUCUGAACUCCUGUUUCCAGACAUUUUUUUUAUAAAUUUAAAUUAAUUUAUUUAAUCCUUAAUAGGAUUCAUAUUUUUAAUUGUUCUGAACUCCUUUUUCCAGUCCUUUUUUUUAUAUAAAAUAAAACUACUUAAUUUAAUCCUUAACAGGAUUGUAUCUUUUUUAUUUGUUCUGAACUCCUGUUUCCAGCCCUUUUUUUAAAUAAAUUAAAAUUAAUUUAUUUAAUCCUUAAUAGGAUUAAUAUUUUUAAUUGUUCUGAACUCCUUUUUCCAUUCCUGUUCUAAUGAAUUAAAAUUAAUUAAUUUGUUUCUUAGCAGGAUUUUAUAUUUUUAUUUGUUCUGAACUCCUGUUUACAGCCCUAUUUUAUUUGCCCAAUUUAAUUCUUCAUAGGAUUCACAUUUUUGAAUUGUUCUGAACUCCUGUUUCCAGACCUUUUUUUUUUUUAUAAAUUCAAAUUAAUUAUUUUAAUCCUUAAUAGGAUUAAUAUUUUUAAUUGUUCUGAACUCCUUUUUCAGUCCCUUUUUUAAUAAAUUAAAAUGUAUUAAUUUAAUUCUUAACAGUAUUUUUUUGUUGUUGUUGUUCUGAACUCCUUUUUCCAGCCCUUUUUAAAAAAAAUAUAAAUUCUAAUUGAUUAAUUUAAUCCUUAAUAGGAUUAAUAUUUUUAAUUGUUCUGAACUCCUUUUUCAGUCCUUUUUUUAAAUAAAUUAAAAUUAAUUAAUUUUAUUCUUAACAGGAUUUUUUUGUUGUUGUUCUGAACUCCUUUUUCUAGCCCUUUUUUUUUUUUAUAAAUUCUAAUUCAUUAAUUUAAUUCUUAACAGGAUUGUUUUGUUGUUGUUGUUCUGAACUCCUUUUUCCAACCCAUUUUUAAAAAAAUAUAAAUUCUAAUUGAUUAAUUUAUUCCUUAAUAGGAUUAAUAUUUUUAAUUGUUCUGAACUCCUUUUUCCAGUCAUUUUUUAAUACAUUUAAAUUCAUUAAUUUAAUUCUUAACAGGAUUUUUUUGUUGUUGUUGUUCUGAACUCCUUUUUGUAGCCCUUCUUUUUUUUAUAAAUUCAAAUUAAUUAAUUUAAUCCUUAAUAGAAUUAAUAUUUUUAAUUGUUCUGAACUCCUUUUUACAUUCCUUUUUUUUAAUGAAUUAAAAUUAAUUAAUUUAAUCCUUAGCAGGAUUUUAUUUUAAUUUUUUGUUCCGAACUCCUGUUUCUAGCCCUUUUUUAUACGUCCAAAUUAAUUAAUUCUUAAUAGGAUUCACAUUUUUAAAAUUGUUCUGAAUUCCUGUUUCCAGCCCUUUUUUUUUUUUUAUAAAUUCAAAUUAAUUAAUCUAAUCCUUAACAUGAUUUUAUAUUUUUUAUUUGUUCUGAACUCCCAUCUCCGGCCUUUUUUUAUAAGUCCAAAUUAAUCAAAUUAAUCCUUAAUAGGAUUUGAUGUGUUUUAAAUUGUUCUGAACUCCUGUUUCCGCGCCCAUCGAACAGAAUAAAUCUGCAGAAUAAAUAAAUUUAAAAAAGCGUGCAGCUUGGCCGACAAACUUGUGGACUUCUUCAGACAGCAAAGUCGUGACUCAGCGGCGCCUCUGCUGGCUGCAACCUAGUACUGCAUCCAUCCUCAGCACAUCCCUGUUGGGAAAAAAAAAAUAAAAAAGAGUGCGUUCUCUAAAAACAACAAAAACCACAACGUUCGGAAAAGCCAAUUCUUCCAGGUGAAGAAUCAAAUCAAAAGCAAAACGGAGGCCGAAAGGGACAAAGAGAGGGAAAAGAUGGCGUUUACACGUGUCGGAUGACCUUUUUACCUGCCAGAGAGAUUAUUUGUGGGAUGUCAAGUUUGAAAAAGCAGAGCGAGUGUUUUUGUUAAUGCGAGCUGUGUGUGUGCGCGCGCGCGUGUGUGGGUGUGUGUGUUACGUGCUGUGUGUGUUGCUUGUACAUAUUUGUCUUCUCAUCAUCCCUCUUCUUUUCCUCUCGGGGGCGGGGUCACGUCAGACGAGGGAGGGGAAAGAAUAUUUUGUUAUCGUCCAAUCAGAGGCUGACAGUAUGUAUAUAUCUUUAUUGUAUAUAUGUGAUGAAAAUGGUGUGCGUGCGUGUGUGUGUGUGUGUGUGUGUGUGUGUGUGUGUGUGUGUGUGUGUGUGUGUGUGUGUGUGUGUGUGAGACACUACCUUUGACCUGUGCUAUGUUUCUACAUUGAGUGUUUUAGUGUUGAUAAAUAUAUAUUUGCUUUUGUCUUUUAUUAGUUUUUGUCUUUUGUCAUUUUUCUUGUUGGGUUUUUUUCCCCCCUUCCUCCCCCUUUUUAUUUGUAUUUUUGAUUUGAUUGCACGAUUUCUGCCUUUUGUUGUCCGAUGAGGUGACACGGCUACUCUUCGUAUUGGUUUCGUGCUGUAAAGUGUUAUUUAGGACUUGUCCAUGCCCGCCUCCUCCCUCUCGCCCAAUAUGCAUGAAUGGCACUUCAAGAAAUAAAAUCUGGUAACUUCACUGUGGAAUAA